CCGCCCUCAACCAAGAUGGCGCCGCAAGAUGUCGCAGAGUCAGUGACGUCAGAUGAGCUUCCGGGGGCGCCCGGAAGUAGUUAUCCAUGGCGGCUUCCCGGCGGACGCCGUCGAGGGGAUGGUGAGGCCGCGGUGGGGCUCGGGGAAGCUGAGGUCCCCAACGGGGGCCCCGUAACGGGCGCAGGACCCCUCCGGAGCGCUCCUCUGAUGGCGUCGGGUGCGGCGAGUCGCUCCGAGGACGAGGAGCCGCUGGCGGGGCCGAAACGGGGCUCGGCCCAGGCUUCUGGAGCCGUCCCGAAGCGCCGCAGCUCUUCACGGUUCAUCAAGCGGAAGAAGUUCGAUGAUGAGUUGGUAGAGAGCAGCUUGGCCAAGUCCUCCAGCCGGGCCAAGGGGGGCGUGGAGCCGGGGCGCUGCUCGGGCAGUGAGCCGUCCUCCAGCGAGAAGAAGAAGGUCUCAAAGUCUGUGUCCACUCCUGUGGCGCCCAGCCCCGUCCCGGCCCCCAGCCUUGCCAAGCGGAUGAAGAAGAGCAAACAGCCCCUGCAGGUGACCAAAGACCUGGGCCGCUGGAAGCCUGCUGAUGACCUCCUGCUUAUCAAUGCUGUGCUGCAGACCAACGACCUCACGUCUGUGCACCUGGGUGUGAAGUUCAGCUGCCGUUUCAACCUGCGGGAGAUCCAGGAGCGCUGGUACGCGCUGCUCUAUGACCCCAUCAUCUCCAAGUUGGCCUGCCAGGCCAUGCGCCAGCUGCACCCUGAGGCCAUCGCUGCCAUCCAGAGCAAGGUGCUGUUCAGCAAAGCUGAGGAGCAGCUGCUGAACAAAGUGGGAUCGAUGAGCCAGCCCACACUCAACACCUUCCAGGAGCUUCUCCACAAGCACCCCGAUGUCUUCUACCCCUCCAGGACAGCCAAGGCCCUGCAGCUGCACUGGCAGCUCAUGAAGCAGUACUACCUUCUGGAUGACCAAACCGUGCAGCCGCUCCCCAAGGGGGACCAAGUGCUCAAUUUCUCGGAUGCUGAGGACAUGCUGGAUGACAGCAAGCUGAAGGAUGUGCGGGAUGAUGUGCUGGAGCAUGAGCUGACUGUGGCCGACCGCCGCCAGAAACGGGAGAUCCGGCAGCUGGAGCAGGAGCUGCACAAGUGGCAGGUGUUAGUUGACAGCAUCACAGGCAUGAACUCUCCAGACUUUGACAGCCAGACACUGGCCGUGCUGCGGGGCCGCAUGGUGCGGUAUCUCAUGCGCUCUCGAGAGAUCACACUGGGCAGAGCUACGAAGGACAACCAGAUUGAUGUGGACCUGGCGUUGGAGGGACCGGCCUGGAAGAUCUCUCGCAAGCAGGGCGUCAUCAAGCUGAAGAACAAUGGGGACUUCUUCAUUGCUAACGAGGGCCGGCGCCCCAUUUACAUCGAUGGCCGUCCUGUGCUUGGUGGCAACAAGUGGAAGCUCAACAACAAUUCUGUGGUGGAGAUUGCCAGCCUCCGCUUCGUCUUCCUCAUCAACCAGGACCUGAUCACGCUCAUCAAGACGGAGGCGGCCAAGAUGGCCCAGCAGUGAGGAGAGGGGGCUGCUCUGCUACAUCCCCCCCCAGCCUUACAAGGAGAGAGGUGGGAGGUGUUCCUGGCUCCCCUCAGCUGGAGAGGGGUGGGCCUCUCCCUCCCCUGGCCCCAAGCUUGUGGGCCUGCAAAUAAAAGUGUUUUACCCUCUCA